CGUGGGAGUGUGGGAGGGGCGUGUGGGUUUUUCUUGGUGGCGCUUCACCCCCGCACUGACCCUCCUGCCCCUCACCUCAGACCUCCCCGUGGCAAGUAGUCCCACAACUGUAGUAACCUCCCCUUGUAGUACGGUAACCCAUGGCAAAGCCUCCUCAUACAGUCAGUCGGUUUCUCUUUCUUUGCCUCCCCUCAUCUCCCCUCACCUCUUCCCUCCCCUCCAGGAGGAGGGUGCGGUGCUGAAGGCGCUGCGCUCCCCCUACCAGCCCGGCAGCCGCAACGGCAGCUGGCUGAAGCUGAAGCCCGACUACCUCGGGGGGGCGGGGGAGUGGGAUGCGGUGGUGCUGGGGCAGCUGUAUGACCACACCAAGAGUCACACCAGUGUGGGUGGGGUGUACCUUCUGGGGCUUCCCCUGCACCCCCCGCCCUCCCCCACACCCGCCGAUACCCGGCAGCAGCAGCAGCAGCAGCAGUCGGACCCAACCUCCACCACCACCACCACCUACGUCACAUUCGCCGUGUGAGACCUGCACGGGGAGGGCGGGAGGGCGAGGGGAGAAGCCUCAGCUGCAUGCAUGUGAUGCCAGCAUGCGGGGUGGUGGGCGUCCACAGGCAGAGACUAAGAAGAGAUGAUUGCGCGGUGUGAAUGCGUUGGCACAUUCAGGAGGAGUUGUAAGGGUUUGAUGUAAGGGAUGUGCAAUUAUACUCCUCCAAUGAAGC